CUCUUUCCAGGGUGGAUCACAAACUGACGUCUCUCUCCCUCCCUCUCGCUUCACUUUCAAUUCAGUCAAAUCAUAGUGAUCAGGCGGCGGCUGGUCCAUGCGUCUUCACUUUAGAGAGGAGUGAAAGCAGCAUCGCCUGUGCUCGUUUGCUAAGCUACCGCUAAGAGUAAGAGAUCACGAACUGAUUUAGCGAACGAGCGUGUCGACAGAGUAAACGCCGCAAAACACGCAGAAAUGGACGAAAAGGCGUUCACGAAAGAGCUGGAUCAAUGGAUCGAGCAGCUGAACGAAUGCAAGCAGCUAUCGGAGGGACAAGUGAAGGCACUUUGUGAAAAGGCAAAAGAGAUCCUGACCAAGGAGUCAAAUGUCCAGGAGGUGAGAUGUCCAGUGACGGUGUGUGGCGACGUGCACGGCCAGUUCCAUGACCUUAUGGAGCUGUUCAAGAUCGGGGGGAAAUCUCCAGACACAAACUAUUUGUUUAUGGGAGACUAUGUGGACAGAGGGUAUUACUCUGUAGAAACAGUCACUUUACUAGUAGCACUUAAGGUACGCUUCCGGGAGCGCAUCACAAUUCUCAGAGGAAACCAUGAGAGCAGACAAAUCACACAAGUGUACGGCUUCUAUGACGAGUGCCUAAGGAAAUAUGGUAACGCCAACGUUUGGAAGUACUUCACAGACCUCUUUGAUUACCUCCCUCUCACUGCCUUGGUCGACUCUCAGAUUUUCUGCCUUCAUGGAGGCCUGUCACCGUCCAUAGAUACACUGGAUCACAUUAGAGCACUAGACCGUUUACAGGAAGUGCCACAUGAGGGUCCCAUGUGUGACCUGUUAUGGUCAGACCCCGACGACCGCGGUGGCUGGGGCAUCUCUCCCCGAGGAGCUGGCUACACUUUCGGUCAGGACAUCUCCGAGACGUUCAACCAUGCCAACCGCCUUACAUUGGUGUCCCGUGCCCACCAGCUGGUUAUGGAGGGUUACAACUGGUGCCAUGAGAGGAACGUGGUGACAAUAUUUAGUGCUCCCAACUACUGCUAUCGCUGUGGUAAUCAGGCAGCUAUCAUGGAACUAGAUGAUACCCUCAAAUACUCAUUCUUGCAGUUUGAUCCUGCACCUCGCAGAGGGGAACCUCAUGUCACUCGUCGCACCCCGGAUUACUUCCUGUAAACUCUCGCCCUUCGACCGCUUGUACAGUCAAGUCCAGUAUUGCCAUGACACAUGACCUUCAGCUGAUAACAACAUAAUUGAGGAAGGGGAGGGUGGGAGAUUGGGGGGGGCGGCGUGGGGGCUACACAGCAGUGUACAUUGUAUAUCCACACAAAGACCUAUUUAUGUAUUUAGCAAAAAACAAUGUUGUAUGUAUGGACGGACCAAAAGGUGUGUGCCAUAAUCAUUGCAAUAUUCAUUGCUGAGGACCUGUAACAGAAAUCUCUCCCCCUCCACAUAAAACAGUGAUAACAGUUUAUUUUCCUCGUCCUGUACCUGUGUAGCUGACUGAAGGCACUGAAGUUCAAGACAAAAACAAAGAAAAAUGCGGCUGUCACAAUAUUAGGAAACCUGAUCCUGAUCUGUUUGCACUUUUGUAAAUUUAAAGCGAUGUAACAUAAUGUCAAAAGAUGAAAAGGAUUUCACACUACAGAUAUUUUUUCUUUUCUGUCUCUUUCUUUCCUUCCUUUUUUUUUUUUAAAUAAUCAAGUCCUCAUCAGGCAUGUUUUACACAAGGCUUUUUUGUUCUGUGUAACUUUUAGGAGAAAAAAAAAACACACCCUCUUACUGCUGUUACCCUGCUUGGUAUAUAUGAUUGACAGAUGAUGGAUUCUUCAUCCACAUCACCUCACUGACUCCCUCUGAGUUACAGAGUCUGUAUUAACCAAACAGUUUAAAUAAUAAAGACGAAGAUGUUUCAUUGA